GGACAACCCUUACAUCGGAUACCUGGCACUGUUAGCACUCCUGGAGAUGCUGGAAAGCGAAGGGAAGCCGAACAAACAUCUUUGACGAGAUGUCACUUCUCGCACUCACUUCCGCUUAGAGGUAAAUCACGUGGACUAUGUCGUCAGGCGAUCAGCCGGAACAAGAUUAAGCUACUGUAUUCGGGCUGGGAUAUCUUCCCCUCAUAUCCAAUCUCCAUUGCUCUACCGCGUACACUCCUACUCUACGCUACUUGGAGGCCGCGCCGAUAAAACAUUCUUAUAUCUCCUCCACAUGGCAAGCGGAAUCGGUGUGCGGUAACCACAUCACCUCCGCGAUAUCGGGAAGCAUGGAAGUAGUCCAGAAAGAACACGACCGGCUCCUGAAAAGGGUCAAGGCAUCACAAGGCAUAAAGAAUGUCCAGUCGACGAUCGAUCUACUGCAAUCUGCCCGCGAUGCCAUAGCUGCUGACCCAGACUCGGCGCCGGUAACCAUGGCCAAGCUUCAGACGCCGGUCAAAUCGUCCUUUGACUCGAUCAAUGACAGCUUGAAGGAAAUCCAUAGCGGCCUGAACAAAUACACCAAAUCUCUCGAUAAGCUCUUCAAAGACCGUCCUCUUCCAAGUACCGAUCACGAUGCCCUCUCCUCACAAGAAAACCUGAUCAACCGCGCGAUUGCGAUGCACCUCCUCCGCGAAGGUCAGUUCGCGGUCGCCGCAACGUUCCUCUCCGAGAUCGCCGAGCACAAGAUGGAUACUCCAACGCAGCAGACAAAUGAGAGCGCGAGCGCCAGCACCAGCGACCCCGCAAACCUCCUCGACCUCGACGAAGUCCCCUCAACUGAGAUCAGGAAACAGUUCGCCUCGAUGUACUACAUCCUCCAGCAACUACAAGAACACAAGAACCUUCUACCCGCAAUCGAAUGGUCAAGGGAACACCGCAACGCCCUGGAAGCCCGGGGCAGUAAUCUGGAAUUCGAGCUCUGCCGUCUACAGUACGUGUGGUUGUACCACGGAGGAUCGGGCGGCCAAGGCGGACCAACAGGCUGGCAGGAAGCUCUAGCAUACGCCCGCCGUGAAUUCCACGUCUUUGUUCCUCGAUACCUGCGAGAAGUGCAGCAGCUGAUCGGCGCCAUGGCCUACUCGCCCAACCUCGAAGCCUCGCCUUAUGCAUCUCUCUUCAACACUGCAUCCGCCUGGGACGAUGUGGCCCAUUUCUUCACGCGCGAGUUCUGUUCUCUUCUCGGGUUGUCGGCUGACUCGCCACUUUACAUUGCUGCGACUGCCGGUGCGAUCGCCUUGCCAACGCUGCUGAAGUUGCAGACUAUUAUGAGAGCGAAGCGCACGGAGUGGACAUCUGAAAACGAGCUUCCGGUCGAAAUCUCACUCCCGCCCUCAUACCUCUUCCACUCGAUCUUCGUCUGCCCCGUAUCCAAGGAACAAGCGACAGAUGAGAACCCACCAAUGAUGAUGCCUUGCGGACAUGUCAUCGCAGAGGAAUCACUGAAGCGUCUUGGGAAGAGCAACCGGUUCAAGUGCCCAUACUGUCCAAGCGAGAGCCACCCCAAGGACGCGCGCAAAGUGUUCCUGUGAAGCUCUCCUUUCUCUCGAUCUCUUUCUUGUCUCCUUUUCUUGCACUGGCAUAUGGCGCCUGGACGGAGGAAUGUGGAAUACGGAUGCGGGGAGUAUGUCUUUCUUUUCCGGGGGCGUUAAAGCAUCGGCGUUCGGUGGCCAUUUGAGUUAUUGCAUUGUACCUAGUGCGGGUUUCAUUCAGCUGUAC